CGCACGUCGCUCUUAACAGCAUUGUGAUAAAUACGAUAAUAAAACGAUUAAAAGGAAUUAGGUGGCGAAAGAAUUCUAUUUGUUUUUAUUGUUUAUUUUGUUGUUUGUUUUUUUAAGAAUUAUGCGUUAAAUUUAUUAUUUGGUGGGGAGUAUUAUUAAUUGAAUAGACAUGUGAUAACUUUGUAAAAUGCAUUCUGGUGGCGCGAAUAAUUAUGAAUCAAAGAGACAGUGUGUGAAAAUGAAUUUUCUUUACGUUAUGUUUCCUUCUUGGAAGCAUAUUUUAGUAGCGUGUCUUUAUAUAUUAGUGCGGCCGUGCGAGACGGAUGCUGUGUCUGUGGUGUUGCUGAAGACGAACAUAACGCGGCUGACGGCGAAGGCGAUCCACGCCGCUGGAUACCACCUGCAUACCAUUGAACAUUUAUCAGUGAUGGACGCGCCCAACUUGGAGCAUGUCGCCGUUGAAGAUCUGACUAAGAUGCCUCGUCUCAAAUCUUUUUUUAUAACACAAGCACCUAGGCUCCAAAGGUUGGCUCCGCUGCCGGCUUUACCAGAACUGCGCACAUUCAUGGUGACUACGUCUGGACUGCUGGAGGUGCCCAGCUUAAGUCAUGUUCAUGACCACCAUCGAAAGCGGUCCAACAGCACACUGUCCUAUUUACAAGCUAUUGAUCUUGAGGGAAACCACAUUAAGCGCUUACCUGCGCACGCGCUGAGGGUUCGCGCAGAUCAAGUAUCUCUCAACUACAACCUCUUAGAAGAGGUCCCGGCGCAUGCGUUCAAAAACGCUCAAAUUUCUAAGCUAAGCUUUAGAGGUAAUCCGAAUUUAAGAAGACUGGAUGAUCUUGCAUUCGCUGGCAAUCUCCUACUUCGACAAUUAGAUUUAAGUAACACUGCCAUUACGUCGUUGCCAACCAAGGGUCUCGAGAAACUGGAAACGUUGAAGAUUGAAAGGACACCCUCAUUGAAGUACAUUCCAUCUAUUUACGAAUUUCAAAACUUAGAGCGAGCACAUCUGACCCACCACUUCCACUGCUGCGCGUUCGCGUUCCCCGAGCGACACAACCCCGCGAGGCACGCGCUCUAUGAAACACAAUUGGCCAUCAUGGCCCAGAGAUGCGGUAAGGACAAGAGUGGAUCAAACAAAUCACGAAGAUCUCUCCCAACUGAAGAUAUCACGGAAAUGUCAACUGUUACAGUUGAUUAUUCUGAAGAAGAUGAAACCACGACAAAUAGCGAGGAGUACGACGGCUGGAGUGACCAGCAGUACUUCUCGGAUUCCUCAAGCUUUGAGACCAACGAUUAUUUCCAUCCGCCCGUUAACAAUACUUUUGGAGUGCCUCUGUUCGCGGAGUGCGGGAAUUUCAGCAAGAGCCGCAGGAAGGUGGAGUGCAGUCCGCUGCCGGACGCGCUGAACCCGUGCGAGGACGUGAUGGGGUGGGCGUGGCUGCGCGCCAGCGUCUGGUUCGUGGUGGCCGCCGCCGUCGUGGGCAACGUCGCCGUGCUGCUGGUGCUGCUCACCAACCACACCGAGCUCACCGUGCCCAGGUUCCUCAUGUGCCACCUCGCGUUCUCCGACCUCUGCACCGGCCUCUACCUGUUCAUGCUCGCCGUAGUGGACCUCAGGUCGUAUGGAGAAUUCUUCAACUACGCGUACGACUGGCAGUACGGCACGGGGUGCAAAGUUGCCGGUUUCCUCUCCGUCUUCUCCGGCCAGCUCUCCGUCUAUACGCUGACCAUCGUUACCCUAGAACGCUGGUUCGCAAUCACAUAUGCCAUAUAUCUCGAAAGACGCAUCACUUUGUCCGCUGCAGCCAAGAUCAUGCUCGGGGGGUGGACGUUCUCUCUACUCAUGGCCGGUUUGCCGCUAGCUGGAGUGUCCGACUACUCGUCGACCUCCAUUUGCCUUCCGGUCGAGAGCAAAAACGUCGGCGUCGCCGUGUACCAGGGUUCUUUGUUCGCGACCAACGCUAUAGCCUGGGUGACGAUUGUGAUAUGCUACGUGCAGAUAUACAGGUCGUUAGGCGGUGGGGGGGAGAAGUAUGGGGGGAGGGGGGCGGCGGCAGCGGCCGAGAGACGCAUUGCGAACAAAAUGGCUCUACUGAUUGGGACAGAUCUUCUAUGCUGGGCGCCAGUAGCGUUCUUCGGAGUGACCGCGCUCGCUGGGGUACCUCUAGUGGACGUCAGCCACGGGAAAGUGCUCCUCGUGUUCUUUUACCCGCUGAACGCCUGCGCGAACCCGUUCCUCUACGCGAUACUCACGAAGCAGUAUCGCAAAGACCUGUUAACGCUGAUAGCGAGGACAGGGAAGUGCAAUUGGCUGAUAGAGAAGUACAAGUUGGGGACUCCCCCGCCAACGGCGCACACCAACCCGUCGAUGCCGGCGCCUCUGCUACCUCUGGUCGACUACCAAAGAUCGCAGUCGCAGGUCAAAGAGAACGGGGAGGCGAUGCUUUAAUCGUAUUAGUGAUAUUAUUUGUAUUAUAGUU